GCCCAUAAGCUACUAUAUAUAAUAAGCUAACGUUUCUCACAGCGAAGAUUGAAGUCUAGGGUUUGUAGCUUCUUCUGUUACGCCGCAGUCACAACCAUCGCACUGAACGAGAGAGCAUCUCCGGAGUUAGGUCUAAGAUCGUAGCGAUGUCGCUUGUUGCAAAUGAGGAUUUUCAACACAUUCUUCGUGUUCAGAACACGAAUGUUGAUGGGAAACAGAAAAUCAUGUUCGCAAUGACCUCCAUCAAGGGUAUCGGUCGACGUUUCGCCAACAUCGUCUGUAAGAAAGCCGACAUCGAUAUGAACAAGAGGGCUGGUGAACUAUCAGCUGCAGAGAUUGAUAGCUUAAUGACAAUUGUUGCAAAUCCUCGCCAAUUCAAAAUCCCUGAUUGGUUCCUGAACAGGAAGAAGGAUUACAAGGAUGGGAAGUAUUCUCAGGUCACAUCCAAUGCUCUGGACAUGAAGCUAAGGGAUGACCUUGAGCGGUUGAAGAAGAUCAGGAAUCACCGUGGUCUACGUCACUACUGGGGUCUUCGUGUUCGUGGGCAGCACACAAAAACCACUGGCCGCAGGGGAAAGACUGUUGGUGUUUCCAAGAAGAGAUAGUCUGGUUCUCCAUGUUUUCUGUUCUUGCAACAAGUUUUGUUGAGCUUUAGACUUGUCAAAUUAGUAUGUCUUGAAUGUGUUGCUUUCCUGCUAAUGUGGUACCAUUUUGGAUUUUAUCAGCAAAUUAUUUUGACGGUAUUAAGAUUACUUAAUUUUAUUUCUACAACUAAAGAAGAGAUUUGGUUUCUUAA